AUGAAUCGGCAGACUACAGGGAAGGGGAAGAUGACGGCCACAUUAGACCCCGACGAAGGUUUUGGGAAUGGGAACCUCGUGGUGAUGGCUGGCCGGUGGAUAAUAUACUGGACGGGAGUGUGGGAUUUCAAGAUUGAUAAGUCUAGGAUGGGGAGGAAAAUAAAUGUCGUUGGUUUACAGAGUAUUUUCGCGUUUAGGGAAACAGUUGCCGCGGCUUAUGGUGUAGAUGCCCGUCCUGAAUGUCUAGAGCUUUCAUAUUGGCUAGAGGAUCCGCUUGCUGAGUUGAAUGGAGGUGGGAGUAAACCUGGGGAAAGGGAAGGCAUCGCUUCAGAGCUAGCAAGGAGAAGAGGGACGUCAGGUCUGAUUUGUGGCGAUAAGCGGAGCGUUGAAGGGGUUUCUGAGAUUGGUAGUACAAGAGAAGGGUUACGUACUAGAGAGUUGAGAGGAGAAAGCUCCGGAGGAACUGGUGACAGAAGAACGCAAGUGCAGCUAACGGAAGACGAAAUUUUUCUUAUGCACGUGGAGGAGUUAGAAGCUUUAGAAUUGCGUAGAUUGAGGGACGGACCUCCGAAAUGUUUAUUGCAAGUAGAAGGCGUGAAAGAAGCUUUGGUUGUAGAAGCAGAAACCACAACUGUGGGUGAUAAAAACAUCAACAAUUCUGGGGCUCCUGGCAGACAAAACAUACGGGAAGACGGAGUAGAACAUAAAGAAUCAGAGGAGGAUGAGAAAGGCAAAGAGGAAGGUGAAGAGGAAGAGGAGGGAGAAGAAGAUGAAGACGACGACGAUGAGGAUUAUGAAGAAGGGGAUGACGAACCUGAAGAAGAGGGGGAUGAUGAUGAUGGAGAUGCUGCAGAAGGUUAUGAUGAUGUGGUGAGCGAUGGUGUAGAUUACCCUUGGGAUUUCUGGGACAAUUUUUGUCGUCAGGACGGAAAGGACAAAAAUGACGAUGAUGAUUUCGUUGAUGAACCACCACACUUCUCAUCUCGGUAUGUGAAAUUAACACAAUAUCAUGAAAGCGAUGGAGAUAGAGACAUACAUUUCUCGGAGGGGCUAUGGAACAAAAGCUCAAGGAACACAACCUCUGGUGAUGGUGAAAGAGUCGAGGAGGUUGUGGAAGAGCCAGGGGUGAUGCCUCAGAAGCAUACAAGUACAGAGAGAGUGGAGGGAGGUGAUGAACCAAUAUUAGUAACCCCACCAGAGAAGACAGAAAGAAAUGUCUCACAUGGGAAAAAAUCGCAAAUCCCGUUAGGAGGCAAAGGAGUGACUUCUGAAGAAUGGGACGAAUUUGUUGAUCCUCCUCCUCUUAGGUGUUCAGGUGGGGAAUCAGGUCGCCAUGAUAACGGUGGCCGUGCUCUGAUGAAAGGGAUGCGGCUGGUAGACGUUUACGGAUAUAAAGAUAUAGAACCAAUGUUUAAUGACAUGGAAAUGACGAUUGCGAAGGCGGGCGACUUCGAUUUGACUUAUGAGGAUGAUGCCAUCUACGUCGGCAAAAUGUUCAACUACAAAGACCACUUCAAGAUAACAUUGGCCAUUCAUGCUAUAAAAAAGAUGUUUCGUUUCAAAUGGCACUGCCAUGCGAAGUUAUACACGGUUGGGAAAUGCAUUGACCCACUAUGCGAGUGGAGGGUAAUGGCGCAUACAAUAGGUGAUUCAAACCGGUAUGACGUGAGAAAGGCGAAUUUGGUGCAUACUUGUGAUGCAGAUACAAGAGGGAAGUUCUCCAAGCAUGCAACAGCGAAAGUUAUAGCUGCCUUGUUAAGAUCUAAGUAUGUGAGUAGUACUGGCCCACGGGCUAAAGAUUUGCCGGAUGCCGUUCUUAGGAGCAUGGUAUCUAUGCUACUUACUGGAAGUGCUGGAAAGCGAAAGAGUUGGCCAUCGCGUUGGCACAGGGAACGGAAGAGAGCUCGUAUAAGUUUCUCCCAACAUAUUUGUAAGUGCUUAAGUAUGCUAAUCCAGGGUCAAUAA